AUGCCCCAGAACCCAGAAUAUCGCGUGACUCCUACUAGUCGAAUAUCCACGUCAGCAUACCAUAGCCAUCGUAUCGACGACAACACCACUGCACGACCCAAACAAACCCACAUCUCACUUAAGACCAAACACAGCAGCAUCAUGGGCGGAAAAUCUCUAGUAACUUCGCACGGCGUCUUCUUUGUGGCUGGCUUUGCCUUGGGAAAAUACGUCGAUCAUGAGGAACUCAUGAACUACCGAGACGCUCAUGAAGGCUUUGGUUCCCGAUGGCGCCGACGUGCUGGAAAUGCAGCGCUUGGUGUCGCGGUCCUUGGUGCCAUGACUGUCGUGUUGAAGGUCACCUCACGCAGCAGCGGCAGUCCGGCACCGGCCACUCUCUAA